GAAUAAGGCACCAUUGAUGCUCCUGCGUCUUGAGACAUGGUACUCUGCUUGGAUCGUGGCAGGCGUGACGUCAAAUUGGGCCCUCGGAUUUCCGCAAAUGCGGACAGACUUCCAACUCAAUCGCGCUUGCGCGACCCGUGCCUUCCAUUGAAGAAUAUAUGACAAUUUAGGGCUGACACAGCAUUUAGUGCACCGCAUCACCUUCUCAAAAAGCUUCUUAGCAACGACAUCAGGUACUGGAGCCACUCUGACACCAAUCAACAUGGCAUCAGUGGAGGAGCCCUUCCCAUGGGAUCUGGGCAUAUACGACGCCCACUGCCACCCCACAGACACUAUGGCCACAAUCUCCAGCAUAGCAGAAACUAUGCAGGCUCGCACCCUGACCGUCAUGGCCACCCGCUCCCAGGACCAGGAACUGGUCGCUCAGCUCGCUGGACAAUACGGCGUCAGGAGCCCCGAGGCCCUCGCCUCGAGCUCUCCCCAGCUGGAAAGAGUCAUACCUGCCUUUGGCUGGCACCCCUGGUUUUCCCACCAGAUCUACGACGACCUCACUUCAUCCUCGGCCGAUAAGGAUGCGUCCAAUAUCCCGUCCCCAGAUGAUUCAGAAGCUGUCAAAUGGAGACACUACAAUGCCGUGCUCGUUCCCUCGCCUGAGAGCAAGGACGACGAGGGGUUCAUCAACGACCUCCCUACCCCGUACCCGCUCUCAGCCCUGCUUUCACGCAUGCGUACACACCUGGAGCAGCACCCUCUUGCCCUCGUCGGCGAGAUUGGACUGGACAAGGCCUUCCGCCUGCCAAGCCAUGGCCCGGCGCGGGACGACGGCAUGACGCCCGGCCGAAGGAACGGCCAGAGCUUGUCGCCAUACCGGGUCAGCAUGGCCCACCAGAUCCUCAUCUUCAAAGCGCAGCUCCACCUGGCCGGCGAGCUGGGAAGGGCCGUCAGCGUGCACGGCGUACAGGCGCCGGGGCCGUUGUACGAGACAUUGCGGUCGACCUGGAAGGGCCACGAGAAGAGGGUCGUGUCGAGGCGAGAGCGCAAGAAAAUUGCCGAGGGCGUAAACGAGGACUUCUCGUCUUCCUCCUCGGGCGAAGAGGAGGAAGACGCUGUGCGGCCGAGAGUGCGGAGGAGGAAACCAAAACCAUUUCCGCCGCGUAUCUGUCUCCACUCGUUCAGCAGCGGCGUUCAGACUCUAAGGCAGUAUGUCGAAGACAGGAGUAUCCCGGCCAAGAUUUUCUUCUCGUUUAGCCACCUGGUCAACUACUCAACCGGCGCACACGAGCACGCCAGGAAGAAGCACAUCGCGGACGACGUCGUUCGGGCGUGUCCCGACGACCGCAUACUUCUAGAGAGCGAUCUGCACACCGCUGGGACCGAAAUGGACAGCAUGCUGGAGCAGAUCUACAGGUCAGCCUGCGCUGCCAAAGGCUGGGAUCUGCGAGACGGCGCUGAGCGGGUAAAAAGGAACUACGAGGAGUUCAUCAUCGGAUGA